GGAGAGCCAGGUGGAGCUGCGGGAGCACAUCGACAGCCUGGCCACAGAGCUGUGCCGCAUCAACGAGGACCAGAAAGUGGCGCUGGACCUCGACCCCUACGUGAAGAAGCUGCUGAACGCCCGGCGCAGGGUGGUGCUGGUCAACAACAUCCUGCAGAACGCCCAGAUUUGUAGGAACCGUAAUAAAAGCGACGGCGUUUUGAGUCCAUAA